AUGGCAGACACCAAGGACACACAAGAAGAGCAUGAGACUGCUACAGAUGAGUCAAACCAUGACCCCCACUUCGAGCCUAUUGUGUCACUUCCAGAGCAGGAUGUCAAAACAUUAGAGGAAGAUGAAGAGGAGCUCUUCAAAAUGCGGGCCAAACUGUACCGCUUCGCCUCAGAGAACGACCCGCCGGAGUGGAAGGAGCGGGGCACUGGUGACGUCAAGCUGCUCCGGCACAAGGAGAAGGGCUCCAUCCGGCUGCUGAUGCGGAGGGACCGCACCCUGAAGAUCUGCGCCAACCACAAUAUUGUUCCCUUGAUGGAUCUGAAGCCAAACGCGGGCAGUGACCGGGCGUGGGUGUGGAACACGCACGCAGACUUUGCCGACGAGCACCCAAAACCGGAGCUGCUGGCCAUCCGCUUCCUGAACGCCGAGAGCAGCACCCAGGAUGCGGACAAGGUGACCGAGAAGCUGGAGGAGCUGUCCGUGAAAGAGCAGAGCGAACCUGCUGAAAAGCAGGGAUCUGAGGAGAAGGAGAAGGAGAAGGAGGCAGACACCGCGGAGGAGAAGUGA